CUCCGAUUUCACUACAUACUUCCCAGCAGACCCGGUACAGAAGUUAGCAAGGCAAGAUGACGUUCAGUGAAGCGUUUAAUGAGAUUGUCCGAGACGCGCCCUUGGGACAGCUCGUGCGCUUUUUCACCAAGAAUCGGCUUUUCAAGUACCCAGAAGAACAGCCGAACUUCAAACUGCCCGAGCCAUGGAUUCGCAUCAUGAACUAUGCAGACCACGACAUUACACCUCAAGAUAAGACAGCUACAUCUUCAUCCGCCUCUGUCUCGAACGCCGACCAAGAAGGAGGAGAGGCGUCGGAUGUCAACAACGCAACCCAGCCGGCUCUCGAGAGUAAUGAAUUCGCAGAAGAAAAACCUACCCACCUGACACCGAAAGUUAGCCAUGCCGGUACUAUCUUAGUCGAUUGGUACUCCGAAGACGAUCCUGCUAACCCGCACAAUUGGUCGGACCUACGCCGUGGGCUCCUCGCCCUGAUUAUAUGCCUCUAUACAUUUGUGGUGUACCUGAGUUCGGCAAUCUACACACCAUCGACUGAAGGUGUCAUGGAGAAAUUUGGCGUUAGCAACCUCAAGGCAACUCUCGGUCUCGCCAUGUAUGUGCUGGGUUAUGGUGUCGGCCCACUGCUCUUUUCACCUCUCAGUGAGAUCCCUCACAUCGGUCGCAGCCCUGUCUACAUCAUUACUCUGUUUCUGUUUGUAGUCCUUUCUAUUCCAACAGCCCUAGUGAACAACUUUCCAGGCCUUAUUAUUUUGCGCUUUUUGCAGGGGUUCUUCGGAUCACCUUGCCUAGCAUCAGGAGGUGCCUCAAUGAGCGAUAUGUACAGCCUGACCGCUUUGCCUUUUGCAUUGAUUGCCUGGGUUGCUGCGAUGUCCUGCGGACCUUCUCUCGGUCCUCUCCUUAGUGGAUUCGCUGUACCAGCGGAAAACUGGCGUUGGUCCCUAUACGAGUCCAUCUGGGCAUCGGCACCGAUGCUUAUCGCUUUUUUCAUCUUUAUGCCCGAAACAAGUAGUCCUAAUAUCCUUUUGCGUCGCGCCCAACGCCUGCGCCAGGUUACCGGCAACCAGAAGCUGAUGUCCCAGAGUGAAAUUGACCAGCGUCACUUGACAGUCUCGGACAUUUCAAUAGAGGCCUUGAUUAAGCCCUUAGAAAUCACUUUGAAAGACCCCGCUGUCAUGUUUGUGCAAGUCUACUCGGCCAUCGUCUAUGGCAUCUACUAUUCCUAUUUUGAGGUGUUUCCGCUUGUCUAUCCCGUAUUCUACCAUAUGAAUCUAGGCCAGGUUGGUCUUGUCUUUUUCUGCAUCGUUAUUGGAUGUAUAAUUGCUAUUAUCGCUUAUGGCUCAUGGCUAUACUUUGUGGUCACACCAAGGACUAAGAAAGUCGGUAUGGGCCCACAGGAGAACAUUCUUUUAGCUGGUUUACCAGCAUCCUUUGGCCCUCCCAUUGGCCUAUUCUUGUUCGCCUGGACUGCCCGUGCUUCUAUUCACUGGAUUGUCCCAACUAUCGGCAUUACGAUCUACGCCGGCUCAGUUUUCACCGUGCUACAGUGUAUGUUCCUAUAUAUCCCGUUCAGCUACCCUCAGUAUGCUGCCUCUUUAUUCGCUGCGAACGACUUCUUCCGCAGCGCCUUGGCCAGCGGCAGCAUUCUCUUUGCACAUCCUCUGUAUCAAAACCUUGGUAUUGCUAAAGGGACGACUCUUCUUGGCGGCUUGAGUGCCAUCGGUAUUGUAGGAAUGUGGAUCUUGUUCUUCUACGGUGCCAAGCUCCGAGCUCGCAGCACGUUUGCCACAUAG